AUGGCUUUUAAUACAACAUCAGAAACUGCAUCAUCAUCAUGCUUUGGAAGUCUGCUGGAACCCAAAGACAUUUCCCAAUUGCCUCGACAUCAAUUAAAGUUAUUAAAAACAAAUUUGAUUCCAGCCAUUUGCUUUUAUAAUGGUUCUUUUGCUCCAAUUCAUGCCGGUCAUCUGAAUGUUCUACAAGAAGCAAAGCAGUAUAUUGAUAAUCUUGGAACACAUGAAUUGAUUGGUGCAUACAUUUCCCCCUCGCAUUCUGGUUAUGCAGCGAGAAAACUAAGUCCAGAAGAGCGCAUUGGUACUGGGCAUCGUCUCGCCAUGAUUCAACUUGCCAUCGAGAAUCUCGAUUGGAUCAUAAUCGAUUUGUUUGAGACUUUCCAGCCACGUCACACGUCAUUAUACGUCAUAAUGAAAACAUUUAUAUCACGUGUUCGCUCACAACUUAAUGAUAUAGAACGAAUUGACGUUUUCUGGUUAAAAGGAGAAGAUGCUCUUUGUUAUCCAUUGCCAGACAAAUUUCUUCAACUAGGCUAUCAUUCAGUAUAUGUACUGAAUCGUGGAUUGAAUGAGAUUGUAAUCAAAACAAAUAAUGCUCCUACUAUAGUUGAAGAUUGUCAUCAAAAACGGUGGGAAGAAAUGCGACGAUUGUCUUCCUUUCCAGAGAGGUUUCAUUUGAUUCGAACGGCAAAUCUUAAUCUUUCGUCUACUGCUAUUCGAUCGUGUGCACGCAGUUCUUCAGUAACAUAUGAACAACUUCAAUCAUGCACUCAACUUGACAGUAUCACUUCAUAUAUUAUACAACAUCAUCUUUGGGGUGCACAGAUUUCCAAUACAUAA